UUCUCUUUAGAACUUCAUCAGGGUUGUCUAGUGGUGAAUAGACUGUCAUCUUUACAGGUGAAAUAUCCUGCUAUUAUGGGAAAAUUCGUCUACCUGCUCAUUUUCUUUUAUGUUUCUGGACUACACUUUCUGUCCGCAUCAGCUGUGGUCCAUUUUGUUCAGGCUGGACAAAAUGCUUCCCUGUCGUGCAACCUCACAAACAGCAGAGAAAUAAUCUGGUUCCAAAUGCGCUCAGAGGAACUUGUCACCCUUAUAACUGUUACCUGGAAUUCACAUUUUCUAAAUACUGCAGAAGUUAUUAAGGAAGACAUGGGUCACUUUGAAACAAAGGAAAACAACAGUUUGGAGAUCAUUGUGGUGACAGAAGCAGAUUUGGGAUUGUACUACUGUGCUGGUCGCUACAAUGGGACAGUGCGAUUUGGAAAAGGCAUCCGCCUGACUUUUACAGAUGCAGAGGUGGCGGAAAUGGAGGUGGUGUCGUGUUGGACUCUCCUGGCCUGUGUUGCCCCAGUCUCAGUCUUGUUCAGCGCCCUCUGUCUCUUUGGACUCUGUUUCCAGUCAGGUAAAACAACAUGUUUGUGCAACACCUGUGUGAACCGGAAUUCAAGUCUCAAGGAAGUGGGUCUGCAAUAUGGCAGUCUGAAGCACACUGGUAAGGCCCGCCCCACUGCUCAGGGAGUGCAAGGAUUGGCCCAGGAAGAUGUCACCUGUGCAACACUAGUCAAAUACGAACUGUGUGGUUAAUCAAUGAGUUAUUCUCUUCAA